UUCGUUUAGGUGCUUGCUCCCAAUUUCUCAGCUUCAAUGGCGAAACUAGGAAAUGAAAACAUCACUUGGACAGUGAGUGUGGUGUUCUGCUUCUUCUUGUCUUUGGUGCUUGCCACGGCCUCCACUGGCGAUGAAGGAUUUGAUAAGGAACUUGAGGUAGAGAAGCUUUUUAAGAAGUUGAAUAAACCAGCUGUUAAGUCUAUCAAGAGCCCUGAUGGUGACAUGAUCGACUGCGUGCAUAUUUUAAAUCAACCAGCUUUUGAUCAUCCAAAACUCAAAAAUCACAAAAUUCAGAUGAGGCCAAAAUUUCUUCCAAAAGGGAUAAGAAGGUUAGGUGAAUCAAAGCCAAUUCCUCAAAUGUGGCACCAAAGUGGUAGUUGUCCAAAAGGGACCGUUCCUAUAAGAAGAACAACAAAAGAUGACAUAUUGAGGGCAGAUUCUAUCCAACAAUCUGGGAAGAAGAUCAGCCACAGCAUCCUUGAUCUGUCUGGAUCAUUAAACUCUGCAAGUUCAACGCACGAGUACGCUGUAGCUACUUUGACGGGAGAUAGAUAUUAUGGGGCCCAUGCAUCUAUAAACAUUUGGAAGCCCAAUGUUCAACAAUCCGAUGAAUUUAGUCUCUCUCAAAUUUGGAUUACGAAUCAUGAUGAUCCUAAAAAUCAUGAGACCAUCGAAGCUGGCUGGCAGAUCUACCCAGGAAUAUAUGGGGAUGACAACCCUAGACUUUUUACAUAUUGGACAAGAGACUCGUAUAACAAUACUGGAUGUUAUAACCUUCGUUGCCCUGGCUUUGUUCAAGUUGAUCCCACAGUAGUGGUGGGAAGCAGCCUACAAAAUAAUAUAUCUGUCUAUGGUGGUUCUCAAUAUGUUUUAUCCAUCCACAUCAGGAAGGAUCAAACAACUGGAAACUGGUGGAUGCAUGUCGGGAAUACAUCUGUAGGAUACUGGCCAGAUUCUUUGUUCAAUCACAUGUCUGUGGGUGCAUCACAUGUAAAGUGGGGUGGUGAAAUAGUAAACAAGGGAUCUAAUGGGCAACACACCACAACAGGCAUGGGAAGUGGCCAUUUUCCUGAAGAAGGUUAUGGGAAGGCUAGCUUUUUCAAGCACAUUUCUAUUGUUAAUGCAAAUAAUGAUCUUGUCUCUCCUAAAAACUUUAACCCUUACGUUACCAAUGCCUAUUGCUACAAUAUUACCUCUUAUGACUAUUCAAAUGAUUCGGGUGUCUACUUCUACUAUGGCGGUCCUGGGAGAAACUCAAAUUGUCCGUAGCCCUUGUAAUCUCAUCUUGGGUGGCAAAUAUAAGUCGGAAUAAAACAAUAUGAGGGCUUUAUUUAAAAAGUCCGAAACUCUCUAUUUAUAUCAAGAAAAUAAAGGAAUUGUGGUAUGGGUAGAAUUCCCUAGCCUGAUGGGAUAUUGUAUGAGAUAAGGCUUGAUAAAACAAGUCUUAAUAAGAUUGAAAUAUUAUGUAGUGUUAUAUUAUGCAAUGUUAUA